AUGGCCUUGGCCCCUACGGUUUACAGUUACAGACUUCCAGCCACCCUUGUGAAAGUUGUCGCCAAGCAGGUGCUGCAAAGGCUCGACUUCCUUGCGGUCAAUGACAUCGCACAUGGGGAUUUGCACACUAAAAACAUUGCUAUGGCUCUGCCUGAUUUAAACUCUCUAAGUGAAGAGGACUUCGUUGCCAGGCUUGGGGAGAUCGCGACAGGUGCAGUGACCAGAGUAAAUGGCGGGCCUUUGGAGGAUAAUUUCCCAACUGAAACUAUUGAACCCACAUCGUUCCGGGGAUUCAAUAAUAUACUAUCUCGUCCAUCCGUCAAGAUUAUCGACUUUGGAGAAACUUUCUUUGGUAACAAUGGUCCAUAA